AAGUGAGUAAUGACUGUAAAAAAACAGGCGUUUCUUCGUUUACAUUACACUUUGACCCUGAAUUAUGGCCCGAGAGAGAACUGUGGGAAAUGCAGUUUUAAUUCUAAGGGUUUUUUUGGUCUGAAAUGCUUCGUUUUAUCAACGGUGGAACAGCCUUUGUAAAGAAGUUCUUCAUAAAUAACACUCGUCACGCUUCGAUGCCACCAACACAUUCUUCGUUUCUGGAGCAAACGGGGAAAGAUCUUUCUUUAAGAGGUUUGCCCACUUUUUCCCACUCGGUUUUGUCCGUGAACGCAGCUUAUUGGUCACGCGUCACCCAAGCUCGAGCUCGUGAUUUUGACUCACGUGACGUGACGUGAUGUUUUUGUGGGUUAGCCGCGCAGCUUUAGCCAUAUGCUAAAAUAAGCUGUUAAAACAAACAGCGCUAUAAAACCAAAUCGCAAACAUAAGACAAUGUUAUGGUUGAAAACAUGCUUUAAACGGUUGAUGGAAUAUGGUGUGGAGUAAAGAAGGAGCAAAAAUGGCCGCUAAGGUGUAGCAUUGUAUCAGUGUGUUGAACGUCAGACGGUGCUUCGGUAAAGAUGAACGCUUUAGUGGCUCUCUGUCACUUUUGUGAACUCCAUGGCCCUCGGACACUGUUUUGCACCGAAGCGCUACAUCCACCGUCCCCAUCGUCCCAGCCUGGAGUCCCGGCAGCUGGGGACAGGGAUGGAGAGCGGGAAGGCGAAGGGCUAACAAUGAGGGCCAACAGUUCGGCCACACAAAGAGGUGAAAUGUGUGAGGGCUGUCGAUCUCUACCUGCAUCUCACCCAGGCUUUGUGAGCAUUGACGAUGAAACGGGAAUCCGCUUCCUGAGUCACCAGCAUCCCAGACAACCACAGCUGUUCAGUGUUGUACGACAGGCUUGUGUACGCAGCCUCAGCUGUGAGGUAAACGGUGAUGUGUGUCCUGGUCGUGAAGGACCGAUUUUCUUUGGAGAUGAGCAGCACGGGUUUGUGUUCUCACACACCUUCUUCAUCAAAGACAGCCUGGCCAGGGGCUUUCAGCGUUGGUAUAGUAUUGUCAUGGUCGCCAUGGACAGGAUUUACCUCAUCAACUCAUGGCCUUUUCUGUUACGCCACCUGAAGCUGACCAUACAGAGUCUGCAAAGCACAGCCCUGAAGGUGUUUGACAGUGAACAAGGAGUUUGUCCCCAGAGGGCUGUGAGGAUGAACACUGUGUUUUCACCUGCAGUCUUCCCCCACCAGAGGAGUGGCAAUGCUGCUCGAUCUUUGACGUCUCUCACUCAGCAUCCCAAUCUAUGGGCCAGUCUGCACUGCUCUUUCAGCUGGCUGCUGAAAGCCUGUGGAAGUCGCCUAACAGAGAAGCUUCUGGAAGGAGCUCCUACUGAGGACACCCUGGUGCUGAUAGAGAGACAGACAGAACAAGAGGAGGAAAUGAGCUGCUGGGGAGGUGCAGAGGGAGGGGCAUCCAAGCAGCAACACCAAUCAGGAGGUGAACUUGGACUCAGCUUCUUGUGUGACGAUUCAAAACUACAUGAGUUACCUGGUCCAAAAUUUAGAUCUCUGCGACACCUGAGACAGGUACUGGGGGUUGCUGAGUUUCGGCAGCUAGCGUGGCAUGUGUUGAUGGGAAAUCAGAUUGUAUGGAGAGGAGCUGACCUCUCCCUGACCCAGUCAGCAUUUAAAGUUCUGAAGUCUUUGCUCCCAGUUGGCUGUGUGCGCUGCGUGCCCUUCAGUGAUCAAUAUGAAGAGGCCUACAAAUGCAACUUCCUAGGUCUCAGCCCAGAUGUGCCCAUCCCAGCCCAUGUCAGCUCCUCAGAGUUUUCGCUGCUGGUGGACGUCAGCACAGAGAAGAACUGUCACCUGUUGACUUGUGGAGAGGAUGACAUCACUUCAGGCCAUCAGUUUGUCAUCAGCAGUGCCAGUACUCAGCCCACAGACAGGGGACCAACGUUACUUAACAAGCUGGAGGUGGCGCUGUCCAACGAGAACCUUUCUGUGGAUGUGGUGUCUCACUGCUUGCUAUGUCUCAAAGAAGAGUGGAUGAAUAAAGUCAAGGUGCUGUUCAAGUUCUCCAAGGUCGAUGGCCGAGAGAGGGACGACACCCAGAAGGUUCUGGCCCUUCUUGGUGCCACGGGAUCUGGUGAAGAGGACAACGUCAGGCUCCUGAAGUUCUGGAUGACCGGUCUGAGCAAAACCUACAAGAGCCAUUUGAUGACAGCUGUCCGGGGGGGGGAGAGGAGCCCCAGUCAGUGACAAAGGGAAUAGGAGAAGUCUAACAGUUGUUCUUCAGUCUAGAUGUAGAGGGCAAUAAAGAGGGGAUCAUUUUUGUCUUUUAAAUUUAACUUAUUCGGAAAAACAGCUUUGCACUUUAUUCACUCUUUCACAAUAGUUUUAAAGUGAAAUAAAUUGGUUUUAAAUGCUCA